CUCAGGACGGAAACACACAACCUGUAAAGUAAGAAUAACUUUUAAGCUCAUUUGUAAUUGUCACUGAAAUUGUUUUACACCAAAAUGAAUUAGUGUAUAUUUAACAUCUGAGUUUUUCGAUAUCUUUUAUCUUCAGAAAUGGGCCAGACUCUGUAUUUCAUUCUUCUUCUCAUUGCUCUCUGCUCCGUAUCUGAAUGUGUUCAGCGUCAGUAUCACUUUAUAAAUGAGAACAAGACCUGGACUGAAGCUCAGAGAUACUGCAGAGAGAAAUACACAGAUCUGGCCACCGCUGACAACAUGAACGACACGAACGAGCUGAAGAAGAGUGUGAAUGAUGGAAGUGUUCAGAAAAUCUGGAUUGGGCUGCAGAAGACGGGUCGUGAUGAAUGGAAGUGGUCUUCAGGUGAACCUGCGCUCUAUCUGAACUGGGGAGAUAAACAACCAGAAGGCAGAGAUUAUUGUGCUAUGAUGACAAAGGGAAAAUUUGAGGAUUUGCCAUGUAGUAAUACCAAACAUUUUAUCUGCAACAACACAGACACAGAACUUGUCUUAGUCAAUCAGGCGAUGAACUGGAGAGCCGCUCAGAGUUACUGCAGACAGAAUCACAUUGAUCUGGUCAGUGUGAGGAACCAGAACGAGAAUCAACAGGUUGAACGGUUCAUUACUGAUAAUCAUUCAUCUGAAUCAUGGAUCUGGAUCGGUCUGUUCAGAGUCAGAGACUCAUGGCAGUGGUCAGAUCAGAGUGACUCUUCAUUCAGAGACUGGGACACUGGUGAACCUGAUAAUAGUGGAGGUCAUGAAAACUGUGCAGCUCUUAAUGCUCAGAGAAAAUGGUUUGACGUCUCUUGCACCAAUCGAUAUCCUUUUGUGUGUUAUGAAGAUCCUGAACUGAUUGUGAUCCGAGAGAAUGUGACGUGGUCUGAAGCUCUGAGAUACUGCAGACAGCAUCAUGUGGAUCUGGUCUCGGUUCAUUCAGAAGAGAUGCAGCGUCGUGUGAUGAACGUGGUUAAACGUGCGUCGUCUGCGGAGGUGUGGUUGGGUUUACGUCACUCUCACAUUUUGGGCAUCUGGUACUGGGUGAGUGGAGAUACCGUGUGCUAUCAGAACUGGGCUCCAGGGAACGGCACAUCAGAGGAGGACUGUGAACACACAGUGAGAUCUGGAGCAGUUCAGUCUGGAGGAGAUCAGCGCUGGAUCAGCCUUCCUGAGACUCACAAACUCAACUUCAUUUGCAGCAGAUAUUCAGAGUGAGAGGAAACACAGAACUUUAUAUAAAAUAAGAAAAGCUUGUGUGUUUAUUACCUUUAACUACAUUUUCAUUCACCACUUUGUAAAGGAAUAAUUUGAAUAAUAUUUGUCUCAACAGGCAGUCGCAUCUAAGGGUUAAAAAUACAGAAACGUUCUGCUCACUCAGCGUGUGUGUGUGUGUGUGUCAUUUACUAACUUCAUUGAGUUUUGUGAUAGUCAAAGAACAUCAUAGACUCUCAAUUAGAUAUACAUGUAUACUAGUUUCUAUUCUAUCGUGAUAUAAAUAAUAUAACUGAAGUGUGUGAUAUUAGAUUUUUUUAGUGUUUUAAAGAUCUGUGUAUGUUACCGCAACUACUUCUCUCUCUUACACUGAGUUUCAUGUAUCAAGAUUAGAAAUGACUUGUUGAAUAUGAAUCAGUGAGCACCAACAUUGUAUGCUAAAUUAACUAAUGUUUAUUCUUUGAGCAGUGAAGGUUGGGUAUAAAAUCUCUAGAAGUAUUUUGCACAAAAUAUUAAAGAAUGUGUCAAAAACAUCAGCUCAAAUAAACUCCUGUACAACCAGCAAUCUAAUCUCCUUCUUUGACUGUUUCCCAACACCAGAAUUAUAAUAUCCAACUUGGUUUCAAUCAUAAUUCAUUAAUAUGUUUGAUUGGAAUGGUGACUCCA